AUGUCUUUGUCUACGAGAAAUCAAGCAAGAUACACCAUCAUCCAAGCUGAUGGUCUAUACCCUGAUGAGUCGAUCGAGCAGAAUAUUUUCAAGCCUGGCGAGUCACAGAAAUAUGAAGUCGAUUACAAGCAGACCUAUCUCUGGCCAACUGGGACACCAACCAGGCGACCAUGGUCUGACGUUGACAAAGCGCUUCGUGACCAAGUUGAUGGAAUUAUGGUGUUGAAAAUGGGCUUCACAGCGGCUGAUCUGGAAUUGUUCCCGAAACUCAAAGUAAUUGUGCGAAUGGGUGUUGGCUAUGAUAGACUUGACAGAGAGGCUCUGGCAAAGCGAGGAGUGACGGUUUGCAAUGUUCCUGACUACGGCACGUGUGAGAUCGCAGAUCAUGCUAUGGGACUUGCUCUAUCGCUACGCCGUGGGAUCCUUCUCCAUAAUGAGACUCAGCGUGCUGAUCCACCAGCACCAUGGAUGUACAUCGACACGCCCCUAGUGUCCCGGCUUCAAGGCGCCACUUUCGGAAUAUUAGGGUUGGGCCGGAUAGGCACAGCAGUGGCUCUCCGAGCAAAGGCAUUUGGGUGCAACGUUUUGUUUUACGACCCAUAUCUGCCAAAUGGAGUCGACAAGAGUCUUGGAAUCGAAAGGACGAAGGACAUCCAUGAGCUGUUCAGGAGAAGUACGACGCUCAGCUUACAUUGUCCUUGUACGCGAGAGACUCGUGGUAUGGUAGGCUAUGACUUGUUGAAACUACUGCCUAGAGGUGCAGUGUUUGUAAACACAGCCCGUGGUGAAGUUGCGGAUCUGGAUGGUAUCGAACGGUGUCUCAAAGAGGGAAUCAUCAGUGGUGCUGGCCUUGACGUGCUGCCUGAAGAACCGAUACCGGAGGACAAUGUGCACCCCCUUAUUCAGGCGUAUCGACGGAAGGAGCCCUGGUUGAUGGGCAGGGCGGUUAUUACGUGCCACACAGCAUUCUAUAGUCCGGAGAGCUUUGUCGAUAUACGAGUAAAGAGUGCAGAGACCAUGAGGGAUGUUUUGAUUGACGGCCUACAAAGCAACGUUAUCACGCCCGAGAUGGAAUAG